UUUGUGCUGAAGCUUUUAAUCCUGAUGAAGAGGAGGAAGAUACAGAACAAAGGGUAGUUCAUCCAAAAACUGAUGAACAGCGAUGCAGACUUCAGGAAGCGUGUAAAGAUAUCCUGCUCUUCAAAAACCUAGAUCAGGAGCAGCUGUCUCAGGUCCUUGAUGCCAUGUUUGAGAGGAAGGUGAAACCUCAGGAACAUGUGAUUGACCAAGGUGAUGAUGGAGAUAACUUCUAUGUCAUUGAGCGAGGCCUGUAUGAUAUUGUUGUAGCAAAAGACAACCAGUCACGCUGUGUGGGCCGCUACGAUAAUCAGGGCAGUUUUGGGGAACUGGCGUUGAUGUACAACACUCCUCGAGCUGCCACCAUUGUUGCCACAACAGAAGGAGCCCUUUGGGGACUGGAUCGAGUGACAUUCAGAAGAAUUAUAUUGAAAAACAAUGCAAAGAAGAGGAAGACAUAUGAAUUAUUUAUUGAGUCUGUGCCACUUCUUAAAUCCUUGGAGGCAUCAGAGAGAAUGAAGAUAGUUGAUGUUAUAGGGGAGAAAGUGUAUCAAGAUGGGGAGCGUAUCAUUUCUCAGGGCGAUAAAGCAGAUUGUUUUUACAUUGUAGAAUCUGGGGAAGUAAAAAUCUUGAUUAAAAGCAAGACUAUGACGAGUAAAGAAGCUAACCAAGAAGUAGAGAUUGCCCGGUGUCACAGAGGGCAGUACUUUGGAGAGCUUGCACUUGUUACCAACAAACCCAGAGCAGCCUCUGCCUACGCUGUUGGAGAGGUCAAAUGCUUAGUGAUGGAUGUGCAAGCAUUUGAGAGGUUGCUUGGACCCUGCAUGGACAUUAUGAAGAGGAAUAUAACACGUUAUGAGGAGCAGCUGGUGGCAAUGUUUGGCUCCAGCAUGGACCUGUUGGAUCCAGGGAAUUAGGCACAGGUACCUCAAUGCCGCCUUAGUUCAAGACACAGAAAAGCCUCCUAUCAGCAACACAACUCACAAGGAAAACGGACACUAUGGAACAGUACUGCUGCUGUCUUCUUGGGCAUUUUAGAAACAAUAAACGAGUCUCAGCAAGAUGGAUUGCUCACUCCCUGCCUCUACUUUGCUGCUGAUACUUCAUUAUUAGACCUAGAUUAAAGAUGAUUCUAACCCUAUGUUCAGUUACUUGGUUCAGAAUGGCAUCUGUCCAACAGUUCAAGUGCCUGAUAAGAAACCCAAAGUGUGCAAGAUAGAGAAGCCUCCUUUCUUCUGGUGUUGCUGUCAGGAUAAAUUUUCAGAUCAGAUUCUGUAGUGGGAGGUUGCCCGUUCUGCAGAGGCAGCCUGUGGAACACAGGCUU